AUGCUUCUGGGCGCUGCUGCGAGGAUGGAGGAGAAGGGGGCGAUCACGGGGAGGCAGCGGGACCAGUUCCCCGUCGGCAUGCGGGUCCUCGCCGUCGACGACGACCCCGUGUGCCUCAAGGUGCUCGAGACACUGCUGCGGCGCUGCCAGUAUCAUGUAACAACGACCAACCAGGCCAUCACUGCGCUGAAGCUGCUAAGGGAGAACAGGGACAUGUUUGAUCUGGUUAUCAGUGAUGUGCACAUGCCCGACAUGGACGGAUUCAAGCUCCUUGAGCUUGUAGGACUUGAGAUGGACCUACCUGUCAUCAUGUUAUCAGUGAACGGGGAGACAAAAUCUGUGAUGAAGGGGAUAACUCACGGCGCCUGUGACUAUCUCCUAAAACCUGUUCGUGUCGAAGAGCUUAGGAACAUAUGGCAGCAUGUUGUCAGGAGGAAGUUCAGUAAGCGCGAGCGCAGCAAUCUUGACAUCUAUAAAGAUUUCAACAAGUUACCAAGCACAGAUCCAUGCCACGGCCACAAUCAGAUCAUUGCUGGGGCUUGUGACCAGAGUGGGAGGAUCAGCAAGAAGAGGAAGGAAAUGCAUAGCGACGAGGAAGAUGACGGCGAGGAGAAUGAUUUCCAAGAAAGUGAUGAACCCUCGGCGGCUAAGAAGCCAAGAGUUGUUUGGUCAGUUGAACUGCAUCGGAAAUUUGUUGCGGCUGUCAACCAGCUUGGAAUUGAUAAAGCUGUACCGAAAAGAAUUCUUGAGCUUAUGAAUGUGGAGAAACUCACCAGGGAAAAUGUCGCAAGCCAUCUACAGAAAUACAGGCUCUUUCUCAAACGGUUAAGUGCUGUGGCAUCACAACAAGCUAGCAUUGUUGCCGCUUUUGGAGGUAGAGAUCCCUCAUUUCUUCACAUGGGAGCCUUUGAAGGCCUUCAGAGUUAUCAACCUUUUGCCCCCUGUGCUGCUCUAUCAUCCUUCAGCCCACACGGCUUGCUAGGUAGAACUAGCGCCGCAACAUUCGGGGUCCCAGAACUUGCUCCUGCCAUGACAGUUCAAACUGCUACCAACAAUGGCAUAAUAAGCCACUGUGCUGGUGAUGCAAACAAAUUUCAACUCUCUGGUUUACAAGAAAACCAACAAGCAAAUUUGGGACAAGGCUCGGCCACAUCUCUUGGGCUUCCCCAACUCCAACAGAAGUGGAUCCAGCAAGAAACUAAUGACUUGUCUGCUGUCUUUUCUGGAAGUGCACUGGCUAACACUCUGUCUGGUGCACUUCAGAGAGUUACAAGCAGUCCAUUGCCACCACAAGAACUUUUGGAGAGUGCACAAACCAAAGUUAGUGCCCAGCCACCAAUAACAAUGCCAUCUGUGAGUUCAGAACUUGUUGAAAGGACUGUUGGAGUAUCGGCUAAUUUGCAGGACUCUAGUAUAUCCCAGCAGGGUGCUCUUCCAAUAAAUGAUGGAUUUACUGCUGACAAGUUACAGUUGCAUGAUCCAUUUGAUAGCACUGGUGGAACAAAAUUUUCAGUAAACAUGCUUGUCUGUCCUUCUGGUAGCAUUACAGCAUCCAGCAAUACCAAGGGUGGUGCUAGUUCUUGCAGUACAGUGCUGCUCGCUCCUGAUACUGGGAGACAUCCAAACUACUUGCAGUUUGGAGUUGCAGGCAACUCUAGACAUGACAUGAAUGAAAUUAAACAGGACCAUCUACAUCAAGGAUUGAGCACUGGAAGUUUCAACCAUAAUUUUGGAGCCUGUAUGACUGAACAGACAAAUCCAAAUGUGCCAUAUCUUAUGCCACAAAUGAAGCCUAACACCAUGGCAUCAGAAGAUAAACUGAAGCAGAGGAAUAUUUAUGAUUUGGGGAUUCCAAAGCUCCAUGGUGGUUUUAACUCUAGUAGCUGCAAUUUUGAUGGUCUUCUCAAUUCCAUGGUCAAAGCGGAGAAGGAUGAUCUCUCAUUCACGGAUAACGACUUGGGGUGCGACUUCUUUCCACUUGGUGCUUGCAUAUGA